GGAGUGUUUGGAGAAAAUGUCAGGAGUUUUGUUUCUCGUUCUGGCAUGUUUUACGUCAGGUGUCUUCAGUGAUAUAGAUUCUCCAGGAUGUGGGAUUAAUGAUGUGGGGUUUGACUACACCACCCUUCCAAAAGUAACCCGGAAACGCAUCGUUGGUGGACAAAUCGCAACUCCACAUUCAUUUCCAUGGAUGGUUGCUCUUGAAUAUCGAGGGGUCUUUAACUGUGCUGGAUCGCUUCUGAAGGGUUCGUCAAACAGAUGGUAUAUCCUCACCGCUGCCCAUUGUCUUCAUGGAACGAUUGUCACGGAUUGGAAGAUUCGUCUUGGCGCACACGAUCUGUCGGCAAAUGAACAAUCCACUGAGUUCAUUGACGUCAAGGCUAUGAUGAGCCAUCCUUUAUUCAAGCCUCUCACACUUGAGCAUGACACCGGGUUGAUGGAGUUGGAGAGAGCACCAAGGAUAAACAGGCCUGAAAUCAGUUUCGGUUGUGUUACUGGCAAUGAAACUGUUGCAGGAGAAACAUGCUAUGUUAUUGGAUGGGGUACAACAUCAGAAGAAAGCGCUCCAUCAGAUAUGCUGCAGAUUGUGGAGAAGCCCGUAAUGUCCAAGUCCGCAUGUAGAAAUAUAUAUGGCUCGAACGACUUCCACGAAGCUUCCAUGAUCUGUGCAGGUUAUCCUGAAGGAGGGAAAGACCCGUGUAAAGCUGACAGCGGUGGACCAUUGAUGUGUUAUCGUAAUGGCCGUAUGGAAAUAAUUGGAACCGUCAGCUGGGGCUUUGGCUGUGGUCAGCCUAAUUCUCCAGCCGUAUAUGCAAGUGCAACAAGCGCCAUACAAUGGAUUGUGACCACCAUCAAUGCAUAAUAAGCGUUAUGAGGCACAGAUUUAUGUGCAACUUGAAUACAGGUUUUCUAAACGCU